UAUAUAGACACUUCGAGUGCGUCGGGUGACGAUAAACGAUAGCAUAGAAGCUGUGUGCGGUGAAUGCAGAAAAUUAGCGGCAGAGAACGAGGUGCGUGUUCAUAUUGAAAACACCUUAUUUUAUGUAGUUACGUACCGGACGUUAACAAAAAGUUACUUUUUCACAUUUGCCAACGUUUGUUUUCCCCAAAGUGUGUUAUUUACAUUGUUCUGAGUCUAGUGAAUGUGCGAUACCGAAAUUACAUUGCGACGAUUCAAGCUGCCCAGGGAAGGAGCGCUGUGUGGAUUUUCUUAUUUCGUUGGCGGAACCUCGGCCAGAGUUUGACGGAAGACGCUGGGAGAAGUUUAUUCUUAUUAGUACAAAGUGAUUGCGAAUACAUUGAUUGAAGAUUUGUGCAUAUUCUGAACAAAUUUAUUGCUACGAUAUUCGAUAUAUGGCGUCAGCAAUCCGCGCACGGAGAUAAAAGUGAUAAUUCUUGGGAGUUUCGUUAUUUUCGAAAUAACUAAGUACCCUGUCAAGUGUAUUUCUCAAUUUCCUCUAUCAGUGCAGUGAAUUCAUAUUCCGAUCAAGUCGAUAUAUGAUUAAUUUUUUUUAUUUAUAAAGUAUCCAUCAAGACAGUUACAUGCGAUUCUCGAACAUAAUGACAUCAAUGAAAAAUAAAGAUCGCAUUUUAGAGGCGAUUGAUCAACUACGUCACCGAAAAGCAAGACCGGACGCUACACGGAUUUCUAAUUUUUUAUUUCGGAAAUAUGCAAUAAAUGCCGCAGAAGCUAGAUCUGAUCUUCAGUGGUGUGUUGAUAAUGAUAUUGUUUUGAGGGUUGAGUAUAAAGGUAACAUUAGUUACCGUAAUGCUCUGAAAAAAUUUUCUCAGGGUAAGCGAGAACGAGAAUCUCAUGGGAAUUCUUCGAAAUCAUUACCAUUCGAUGGAAACCAAGCGAAUAGAAAAUUUGCUUUUCUCUUGAAUUCCGCUAUCACACAUUUACUAGUCAGAAAUCCUGACUAUCUAGAUACUGGGUGCCCAGCCGACGAAGUUGUCGAUAUAAUUUUAUCUAGAGAUAAUGUACGAUAUACCAAAAAAUAUAUUUAUAUUCUGCUGGAAAAGGAAGUCGCAAAUGGAGGUGUAACCAAAACAGAGGACGGGAAAUACUUAACAGGUCCUAAUUUCACAGCAGAACUUUUAAAAUCUAAUGACAAAAAUGAUUUAGAUGCGAAACUUACAAAUAUUCUACAAGGAAAACUCGUCAGCAAGGAAAUAUUAGAAUCAAUGAAGGAUCACCCUAAGGAAAUGCAAGAAUCCAAUAUGAAAUUUGAUCCCUCUAUUCGGGUUGGUGUUCGUAGAAAGAGGGCUAAAAAAGUGUUUGAUCCAUCAGAUAAUAAUGUACCUAAAAAGAGGGGAAGACCUGCAGGAUCCCUGAACAAAUCAACUAUUGAAAGACAGUUAUCUCGACUUAGUGAUGAGUCUAGGCCCGAAUCACGAACAUCAAAUAGUGGUAGCCAAUUUGGAGUAUGCUCGGUAUGUCAUUUGCAGAACAAGAAAGGACCCAAUGAGAAAUUAGUGUCUUGCAGAGAAUGCAGCAAUAAGGCCCAUUACAGUUGUUUGAACGGAGAUGACAUGAUGCUGAGGAUGUAUCCAGAUAACACCUGGCAAUGCCCUCAUUGUAAAACUUGCUCAAUUUGCUAUGAAACUGCUAAUGCGGGAGCUUUGAUAGUUUGUUAUGUGUGCGCAGAUGCUUACCAUGCAAGUUGUCAUCAACCGCAUAUAUCUGAUAAAGUGAAAAAUGGGAACAAGUGGCUAUGUUUUAACUGUCAACUACCUGAAGAAUUAGAAAUUUCCAAAAUUCAAUCUAACAUGAGCUUCACAACAUGCAAAUCAAGUACAAUUAAUAAUGAUGAUGCUUAUUCGGAUUCCAAUUCGUCGACUAGCAAUUUUAGAUCUAUGUUAUCUUCGUCAGUUCCUCACAGUCCUCCUGAAUUAGCUAACGACAGAAAUAGCACAGAUCAAGAACACAGUGACUCAAAAGAUAGUGAUUACGAAGAUGAUUCCAAUUCUAAGUGUCAGAAUACAAAUGAUUGUGAUUCCGAAAUUGAUCCUAGAAUACCUGAUGCAACACUUUGGACACCUGAUGAUGUAUAUCAGUAUUUUACACAAUUUUUCCCUGAAGAAGCUAAAGUUUUUAAAGAACAGGAAAUUGAUGGAAGAUCUCUUUUACUCCUGAAAAGAAUGGACGUUUUGACAAAGUUGAACCUGAGGUUAGGACCUGCGUUAAAAAUAUACAAGCACGUUAUUACUUUACAAGUAAGACGAGAUGACCCAAGACUGUAUUAUUUGUAAAAUAGCCAAAAUUUUGAAUUGAUUAAUUACUUUAGUAUACCAUUGCUCUAUUUAAUUUUACUUAUUAGAAUUUUUUAUUAUUGUAAAUAUACCUAUCAUUUUAAUAACUUUCACAAAUCUGAUUAUUUAAUUGGAAUUAUAUUUUCUCUUUGUUGUAUGAAUCUGUAAAUAAAUCAUUGAACUAGG